CAUUUGUUUCCGUGUCUGCAAUAAGCCUUUUUUUUCCCUUCCUUUUCGUCCUUCCAGUUGAAUUAAUCGCUUGGUUCUUACGCCUGUGUGUUAGCGGCUCUGUUAGUAUAGGCAGAACAUGGAUGACUUCGAUAUGCUGAACGCUCCUGCCGCCGGUAAUGGUGUGGGCUCGGAAGAAGACCCAGCUGCGGCUUUUCUGGCCCAGCAGGAGAGCGAUAUUGCGGGGAUUGAAAACGACGAAGGUUUCAGCAUCCUGGACAGCGGAGAGAUUCCUUCGUCUCUGGGAGACUCAAACGAUGGUGCUAUCAACGGAGACCUUCAUGGGGAAAGCAAUGGCCCAUCAGAUGCCUAUGCAGCAAUUUCUAAUGCUGACCGACUGCAGGCUGAACCUGAAAGCCUGCGCAAGUGGAGGGAGGAACAGAGAGAGAGGCUGGAGAUACUGGAUGAUAACUCCCGCAAGCAGGAGGUCGAGUGGAAGGAGAAGGCCAAGGUGGAACUGGAGGAAUGGCAUGCGAGGCAGAAUGAACAGCUUGAGAAGACCAAAGCCAAUAACAGGGUUCUGGAUGAAGACUUCUACAAGCAGCCCUUCUCUGAGCUCAUUGGUUAUGUCACACACAUUAACCAUCCUUGCUACCGCCUAGACCAGGCGGCGGAGGAGGCCAUGAUUUCAGAUCUGGAUGAGAACAACCCUGGCACAGAGUGGGAGAGAGUGGCGCGGCUCUGCGACUUCAACCCCAAGUCCAGCAAGCAGGCCAAAGAUGUGUCCCGCAUGCGCUCUGUUCUCAUUUCCCUUAAGCAGUCCCCGUUAGUCCGCUAGGCCCGACCCACCAGCUGCUCAGGGUGUCAUUCACUCUCAUACUCUAUCAUCACACACCAAUCAUCCCAAACUACCUAUGCCCCGCCCCGAUGCCACGGCUGUCCGUGUGUUUGUUGUACCUUGAUUUGUUUUAGAGUUGAAGGAUGUAGGCAGUGGAAAUGACGCUGAGACUCUUUGAAGCACCAGCUCAGAGCUCUCUGCCGUUUCAAUGGUUUUACACAUUUGCUCCAUGUAUGAAGAAAGACCUUGUAAUUCCUUGUUGAAAUAUACCGAUAUCGAAUCCAGUGACACCCACGUCAGGUCUCAGUGGUCUGUGGAACAUUUCUGAGAGUUAAAAGAACAGAGCAGCUGCUUGAGUGUAAAAUGAGCUACACUCCAACACCAGCACCGAUCAUUCCAAAGUGCUGUUGUCCAACUACUUAUCCUGACAUUUCCUAAGAAUCCUUUUGGGACCUAAGAGAUUUGAUCCAUAUGAAUAGAGUUUAAUUUCUCUGCUGCACUUGAAGACAUUACUUCAUUUUUUUUUUUUCCUUCAAAGAAGCAUCUUUAGAACAUUUAAGGACCAAACUAAAGACAAAACUCCAAACUGAGUGUGUGAGCUGUGUAGAGCCUGUGUGUGGCAUAAUUGAUAAAUUUCUUAAUCUAUGCAUUUAGUUUUGAAGUUUGUUCCCUCUUCACCAGUCAGCAAAAGAACAAAGUCCUGUUAUUACAAUACAUGUGACCAGUGUAUGUGCGGUUCAACUACAACUGUGUGUAUGUACUCUAUGCGUGUACCUAUGUACAUAUACAGAAUGCAAUAUAUAUACAGAAUAUAAAAUGUUUGUCACUAAAAUUACACUGUAUUGUAGUUUGAAAGAAUUUGUUGGCCAACUGUUGCUUGACCAUCUGUAUUCAUCGUCCAUUUGAUUUCAGUA